GAUUGUCGAGAUUAAGUCUCCAUCACCUGCACAGUUGAUGCUAGAGUCGUAUGUUCCUGCAUAAUGGACACCUGGGAUGCUUUUCAAUAUCUCCAGAUUUUAACUGUCCGAACCGUCACUCCAGAGCCAGGAUACUGCUCAUGCUUUGUUCCAACUUUCGACGUGGCUGAAUACACAAUGGAUGAUCAUUUAUGACAAAUUUACUCCUUGUAUUGAUUUUGAUGGUGAAGCUAAGAAUGGAUGGAGCCUGAGAUUUUACCUAUAUUUUUUGAUAAUGAAUCUUAUUCUUUGCUUUUGGUGCCUGCACCUGCUGAUGGAUAAUUUAUCUCUGCCUGGCCACUGUACUAUGAGUGGCUGCUUCCAAUAAACAAACUUUGUCGAUCUGAACUAUUGCCAUUGCCAAUUAGUAUGCUCAUCCAAUCUGUUCUUGCUUUGCAGUGAUGCUUCUCAAAGUGCAGUCAAUUUGAGGUCACAAGUUUCAUGGAAAUUUUGCAUUGCAUCGUAUAAACGAGCUCAGGAGAAAUGCAGGUUUCUUUAGUAACUUCAGUGCAGGCAGCGGAUCAAGCAUGGCUUCCGGUAGCAGCAGCAGAGGAGGCGGCGGCGGAGGAUGGCCCCGCCAGCAGCAGCAGCAGCGGAAUAGCAGUGCUAAUGCCGUCUCUCAGUCGUCAGAGAGGGACCGCGGUGGCGGAGAAGGAAGUAGCCGCCAUGGCGGAGAAGGAAGUAGCCGCCAAUCGGGGAUGAACAAGGCGAUCGCGCAGUAUACGGAGGAUGCCCGUCUCCACGCCGUGUUCGAGCGGUCCGGCGAGUCGGGCCGAUCGUUUGACUACUCGCAGUCCGUCCUACGCUCGGCGCCAUCGAGCUCCGUCCUGGAGCAGCAGAUCACCGGCUACCUGUCCAAGAUCCAACGCGGCGGCCACAUCCAGCCCUUCGGCUGUACCAUAGCCGUUGAGGAGCCCUCGUUCCGCAUCAUCGCCUACAGCGAGAACACGCUCGACCUGCUCGACCUGUCGCCCCAGUCGGUCCCCUCCCUCGGCGCCCCUCAUCCUCCUGCUCUCGCUCUCGGCGCCGACGUUCGCUCCCUCUUCACCCCCUCCGCCGCGACCUUCCUCGAGCGCGCCGCUGGCGCCCGUGAGAUCGCCCUUCUCAACCCCCUCUGGAUCCACUCUCGCACCUCCCGCAAACCCUUCUACGCCAUCCUCCACCGCAUCGACGUCGGCAUCGUGUUGGACCUCGAGCCUGCCCGCUCCGAGGACCCCGCCCUCUCCGUCGCCGGAGCCGUUCAGUCCCAGAAGCUUGCCGUCCGAGCCAUCUCCCGCCUCCAGGCUCUCCCCGGCGGCGACGUCAGCCUCCUCUGCGACACAGUCGUCGAGCACGUCCGCGAGCUCACCGGCUUUGACCGCGUCAUGGUGUACAAAUUCCAUGAAGACGAGCACGGCGAGGUGGUGGCCGAGUCCAAGCGCGAUGAUCUCGACCCCUAUAUGGGCCUCCACUAUCCGGCCACCGACAUCCCACAGGCAUCCCGCUUCCUCUUCAAGCAGAACCGUGUGCGCAUGAUCGCCGACUGCAACGCCACGCCCGUCCGCGUUAUCCAGGACGAACGCCUGGUCCAGCCACUCUGCCUCGUCGGCUCUACUCUCCGUGCCCCACAUGAUUGCCAUGCCCAGUACAUGUCCAACAUGGGUUCCAUAGCCUCCCUUGCCAUGGCUGUCAUCAUCAACAGUGGCGAUGAGGAUGGAGGCAGACCCUCCUCCUCCUCCUCCUCCCGGGCUGGCUCUAUGAAGCUCUGGGGCCUUGUCGUUUGCCACCACACGUCCCCUCGCUGCAUUCCCUUUCCCCUUCGCUACGCCUGCGAGUUCCUCAUGCAGGCCUUUGGUCUUCAGCUCAAUAUGGAACUCCAGUUGGCUGCUCAGCUUUCGGAGAAGCAUAUCCUCCGCACUCAGACUCUCCUCUGUGACAUGCUGCUCCGUGACUCCCCUUCCGGUAUUAUCACUCAGAGCCCCAGCAUUAUGGACCUUGUCAAGUGUGACGGGGCUGCCCUAUUCUACCAUGGAAACUACUGGCCACUCGGUGUUACACCUACUGAAGCACAGAUUAAGGACAUAGUCGAAUGGCUGUCCACUUGCCAUGGGGGCUCAACUGGUCUGAGCACUGACAGCCUUGCGGAUGCUGGAUACCCUGGAGCAGCAGCGCUUGGCGAUGCAGUCUGUGGCAUGGCUGUGGCAUUCAUCACAAGAAAAGAUUUUUUGUUCUGGUUCAGGUCUCAUACAGCUAAGGAAAUCAAAUGGGGCGGGGCUAAGCAUCAUCCAGAGGACAAGGACGAUGGGCAACGGAUGCACCCACGUACAUCCUUCAAGGCCUUCUUGGAGGUAGUCAAAAGCAAGAGCUUGCCUUGGGAAAAUGCUGAGAUGGAUGCCAUCCACUCACUGCAGCUUAUAUUGCGUGAUAGUUUUAGGGAUGUUGAUGGGACGAGCAACUCAAAAGGCAUUGUCGAUGGCCAAUUUAGUGAUUUGGAAAUGCAUAGGGUUGAUGAACUUAGCUCAGUUGCAAGGGAGAUGGUUAGGUUGAUAGAGACAGCAACUGCACCUAUCUUUGCUGUUGAUUCAGAUGGGUGCAUAAAUGGGUGGAAUGCUAAGAUUGCUGAGUUGACAGGACUACCAGUUGAGGAGGCCAUGGGUAAAUCGCUAGUUCAAGACCUUGUCUUUGAGGAGUCGGCAUAUGUUGUUGACAAGCUUGUCUAUCGAGCCCUAAGAGGUGAAGAAGAUAAAGAUGUUGAGAUAAAGUUGAAGACAUUUGGCUCACAACAACCAAAAGAUGCUGUUUUUGUGAUCAUUAAUGCGUGUUCUAGCAGGGACUUCACAGAUAAUAUCGUAGGUGUCUGCUUUGUUGGUCAGGAUGUUACUACACAGAAAGUCAUCAUGGACAAAUUCAUUAACAUCCAAGGAGAUUAUAAAGCUAUUGUGCAUAAUCCUAAUGCCUUGAUUCCGCCCAUUUUUGCUUCCGAUGAGAACACGUGCUGCUCAGAGUGGAAUAUGGCAAUGGAAAAGCUUACUGGUUGGUCAAAAGGGGAAAUAGUUGGAAAACUUCUAGUUGGAGAGGUUUUUGGCAGUUGUUGUCGUCUAAAGGGGCCGGAUGCUAUGACUAAGUUUAUGGUUCUACUUCAUAAUGCUAUUGAGGGGAAGGAAACAGAGAAGUAUCCAUUUGCUUUCUUUGACAAGAAUGGAAAGUUUGUACAGACUUUGUUGACAGCAAAUACAAGAAGUAAUGUGGAGGGUCAGAUAACUGGAGCCUUUUGUUUCUUGCAGACAGCUAGUCCCGAAUUGCAACAAGCAAUUGAGAUCCAGAGGCAGCAGGAAAAGAAAUGCUUUGCUAGGAUGAAAGAGUUGGCUUACAUUUGCCAAGAGAUAAAAAAUCCACUGAGUGGUAUUCAGUUCACAAACUCACUAUUGGAGAAGACAAACUUGGAUGAUGAUCAAAGGCAGUUUCUUGAGACAAGUACUUCUUGCGAGAGGCAGAUGAUGAAAGUUAUCAUGGAUGGGAAUUUACAAAGUAUCGAGGAUGGAUCCUUAAUACUUGACAAAACUGAAUUCGGACUUGGAUGCAUUGUUAAUGCCGUUGUUAGUCAAGUUAUGAUUUUAUUGAGAGAAAAAGGUUUACAGCUGAUUCGAGAUGUUCCUGAGGAAAUAAAAGUGAUGCUCGCUUAUGGUGAUCAACUCAGGAUUCAGCAAGUGUUGGCAGAUUUUAUGCUUAACAUGAUCCGUUAUGCACCAUCUCCAGAAGGUUGGGUAGAAAUGCAGGUUAGGCCAACUCUCAAACAGAGUCCAGAUGGAAUAGAAAUGGUUCUUCUACAUUUCAGAAUAAUUUGUCCUGGAGAUGGCCUUCCUUCAGAAUUGGUCCAGGACAUGUUUCACAACUCUUGGUGGGUGACCGAAGAAGGCCUAGGACUCAGCUUAUGCCGAAAAAUACUGAAACUGAUGAACGGGGAAGUCCAAUACGUAAGGGAGUCAGAGAGGUGUUGCUGCCUCAUUGCCAUCGAACUACCCACUAGAUCCUGAGUAAGCAGGCGAAGCUAAUCGAGAUCAUCUCUGAUUGCUUACUCUCCACCGUCGUCGAAGGACUUUUCGAGAUCACAAUGAAGGAUGACUCGGAAAUGAAUGGUGCUUGUAAACUGUAUCGAUCGCGCCAUUGAUUGUGCCGUCAAUAAUGAUGUCUUAUUCUCCUAAUGAUGUAUGAGUUUUAGUUUAGUGUUUACUUGAGGUAGUAGGGAGAGCAGAGGAGGGGGCUGUUUUUAUGUAUUUGCCAUAAUCAAAUUGCGAAAGGACGUGUCGAGGAAAUGCAGAAUUAGUAAAUUAUGCUUGUAAUACUCUCCCAGAUAUACGAGAGAACUGUCUUUAGUGAU